GACUUCUGCCGUGAUCUAGGAUCAUUUGGGUCGGCAAGGCUUUUUCUCAUGGAAGUUGAAUACUGCCCAAAUUAAAUUAUAAUAACCCAGGGACACUCCUGCCAUGCGAAUCCCAGAGGCACCUUUGGCAAAUACUAAAUUAUAAUGACUUUCUUUUUGUCGUCGACUCCUUGUCCUAGAGAGUGAGACCUGGUGUGAGCCCAAGUUGAGUUCUUGGGAUCUCCAUUGUCUUGGCUGCGGUUUUUCAGUGGUCCUUCGUCGAGACGCGGAGAGAGCUCUUUUGGGCAAUGGCGGUCUCAGAGAAGAGUUUUUGGGCUCUUCUUGUUCGUCCUGUAGUUCUCCCGUAGGAGGGGCUUUUUUUGUCUGGGAAUUUGUUAAUAUUUAUGAUUUUCCGUAAAAAUAGGUGAAAGUUGCGACUUUUGGUGUGGGUUCAGCUGCGGCGUCUAAUAGUGUUGUGAUUUUGGAUGCAUGCUUUUCUUUUUCUUAGCUGCGGUUUUAGGUUUUUGAGAUAUUAGAAGGUAGAGGGCCUUCUUAAGCUAGUUUGGUAGGAGGCUAGUGAGGGGAAAAGGAGAAGAGGGAUACUGAGUCUUGCUUGGUAUUGUAGAGCUGCUGUUUAAUGCCUAAGAGGCCCUACAGUAAUUAGAUAUCUAAAUGGUGGAACAAUCUGAAGAAAUGCGGUCACUGGCACUGACCCCCACAUGGUCGGUGGCCGCCGUGUUGACAAUCUUUGUUGCAGUUUCUUUGCUUGUGGAAAGAUCCAUUCAUCGCCUAAGCAAUUGGUUGAGGAAAACCCAUAGGCACCCACUUUUUGAAGCAUUGGAGAAAAUGAAAGGAGAACUAAUGCUAUUAGGCUUUAUAUCACUGCUUCUGACGGCCACCUCAAGAACAAUUUCAAAUAUUUGCAUUGACUCAAAGUUCUAUGAUGGUAAUUUUUCUCCAUGCGCCAGAGAUGAGGUCAAGGAUGCCAAAGAUGCAGAGAAUGACUCACCCCAAUAUCACAGGAGACUAAUGGCCUUUGUUCUUCACCAUUCAGUUAAGAGGACACUGUCUGAAGACAAUCAGAAGACAUGUACAGAGGGUCAUGAGCCAUUUGUAUCGUAUGAGGGUCUGGAACAGCUUCACCGGUUUAUAUUUGUCAUGGCCAUAACUCAUGUAUCCUACAGCUGCUUAACAAUGUUGCUGGCUAUUAUUAAGAUACAUGCAUGGAGAAAAUGGGAAGAAGAGGCUCAUCGAGAUCAGCAUGAUUCAUAUUCUGAAAUCACCAGAACAUUGACAAUGAGAAGGCAGUCAACAUUUGUAAAGUUUCACUUGUCAAGUGCUUGGAGCAGAAAUAACUUUGUCGUUUGGAUGACCUGUUUUUUCCGCCAGUUUGGACAAUCUGUUGUACGAGCAGACUACCUUACCCUCCGUAGAGGUUUUAUAUUGAACCACCAUCUUACAUCAAGAUAUGAUUUUCAUAGCUAUAUGGUACGCUCCAUGGAAGAAGAGUUUAAGAGGAUCGUUGGUGUGAGUGCACCACUUUGGGGUUUCGUUGUUGCUUUCAUGUUAUUCAAUGUAAAGGGAGUUAAUCUUUAUUUCUGGAUAGCCAUCAUUCCUGUCACUAUUGUACUUCUGGUUGGUGCAAAGUUACAGCAUGUCAUUGCAACCCUGGCAUUGGAGAAUGCUGGCUUGAGUGGAUUUGGGGCUAGAUUAAAACCUCGAGAUGAUCUUUUCUGGUUUAAGAAGCCAGAACUCUUAUUAUCUCUAAUCCAUUUCAUUCUUUUCCAGAAUGCCUUUGAGUUGGCUUCAUUCUUCUGGUUUUGGUGGCAAUUUGGAUAUAAUUCCUGCUUCAUCAGGAACCAUUUUCUGGUCUAUGCACGCCUUAUCUUGGGGUUUGCUGGGCAGUUCCUCUGCAGUUAUAGCACACUGCCCCUCUAUGGAUUGGUCACACAGAUGGGUUCAAACUAUAAAGCUGCACUUAUUCCGCAAAGAAUCAGGGAGGCUAUCCAUGGAUGGGGAAAGGAAGCAAGGAAGAGGAGGAAGCACCGGUGCGGCAUUGGUGAUUCAACAAUUCAUACAGAAACGAGUACGGUGUGCUCUAUUGAAGAAGACGAGGAGCUGCUUAUGGAUCCCUCUGUUAACUCUUACAUAAAUAUUGAGUUGCAACCAUCAUCUACCACAACUACUACUGACAUCAUCAGCAAUCACUCUACAAUUCGUAAUGGACAUUCUAACUAUAGCAGUGCUGAAGCACCUCUUCUCCGGUCCUCAGUGUCUGAACCCUCGUCUCCAGCUCUUUCACUCCUUCGAGGACAUGGGAUUUCACGGUCAGCUUCUAUGCCAAUAUGGAGGGGAUGAAUAGAAUACACGUGUAAAGAUGACGGUUGCAGGAAUCUUUGAUAACUCUGGGUCUUGAAUCUCUUUCCCUCGCCAUUUUUCUGUACUUGUAUAUGAACAAAUGAAAUUAAAACUAAAACUAAAUUCUUGUAAAAAGAGAGAAACAAAAAAAAAAAUGAACAUCUCUUAUCUUUAAACCUUCUCAUACAUCCCUGACCUCAAACUGUGUUCUAUCUUGUCAUGAAUAUCAUCAUCAUCAUCAUCAUCGUUGCGGCCUUUUACCAUCAAAGGCCUGGAUGUGGAGCACAAGACCGGUAAA